AUGUCUGGAUUGGUUGUGAACGAAGCAAGUGCUCCAGCAACUCCAUCAACACCUGUUGUUGGGAACUUUGCGGGUGCCAAUGAAGGAAGGGUGUUGAAACGUCCGCGUGGUCGUCCAUACGGACCGAGAAACAAACCAAAACCCGUCGGUGAUAACUCAGCUGUUAAAGGAAGUGGUGUCAAACGUCCGCCUGGUCAUCCAGCCGGUUCGAUAACAAAAUCAAAACCUGUUGGUGAUGAUUUGGGUGAAGGAAGUGUUGUCCAACGUAAGCGGGGAAAUAAAAUUCCUAUUGAUCACCUUACGAUCCAGUGUGCAACUUGUUUCAAAUGGAGGGUAGUUCCCUUGAUGGAGAUCUAUGAAGAGAUCAAGACACAUCUGGAGGAAGAACCUUUCUUCUGUGACGUAGCAUGCCAAUGGAAACCAGAAAUGUCCUGUGAGGUUCCUGCCGACAUAUCACAGGAAGGUACAGAAUAUAUAUGGGCUCUUGAGAGCCAUUUAAUCCCUCGCCCACGCGCUGGAUGGAGGCGUCUGACGCAUAUCAGAGGCGAAGGAGGAUUACGUUUCGCUGAUAUGUACUUGAAAGAAAACCCGCGAUACAUAAUAGAAGGGAUGAAGGUUAAGGCACAGGUUAAGAAAGAUUUCUCGUUCAAGAUCCCGAAACCGCUGCAAACGGACUAUGUGAGGAAGCGCCCAGCUCGAAAAAUGAAUCCAAGUGGUAAUUCAAACGCCAUAGUAGCUACUGGAGAAGGUCCAUCGGCAUCUAGAUCUCCAAAUACAUGCUUGGCGAUACAGAUAUACCAGCCACCGGAGGCAUCGAGAUCUCCAUAUGAACACUUAGCGUUGGUAAUAUACCAGCCACCUGAGGAGCCUCAACUCCAUGCAUCUCCAGAUGAACAAUGCUUAGCGAUACAGCUAUAUGUUCCACCGGAGCAGCCUGAACUCCAUGCAUCUCCAGAUGAACAAUGCUUAGCGAUACAGCUAUAUGUUCCACCGGAGCAGCCUGAACUCCAUGCAUCGGCAUCCAAAUCUCCAGAAGAGGAGGCACAGUUGCUGCCGGAUGUGCCACCGCAGCCUGAGCCUGAACUCCAUGCAUCGGCAUCGAGAUAUCCAAUAGAGCAGUUAGAGUUGCCGCUAGAUGUGCCACCGGAGCCUGAAUUCCAUGCAUGGGCAUCGAAAUCUCCAGAAGAGCAGUUACAGUUGCUAGAUGGCUUGUCUCUUCUGCAGCAAGAUGAACCAGCGAAGUCUGAUUCUGGAACGUUCUGGAGAUCUAUGUUUGAAGUUUCGCCAGAUGUGUCAGCCGAGCAGGAGCUUCACGAUUCAGAUGAUCGACCCGCGAAAAGGAUAAGAAGAUCAGACGAAGCAUCCACCUCUGGUGUCAAUGAUGGUACAGACCAUGACCCGUGUGAUGGCUGA